AUGUAACGAUGAGAUAUGAAACACGCUGCCGUCUUCUCUAUUCGUCGGAAUUUCGUCCGCCUACUGAGUUUCCAAACACCUGACAUGAUUCCUUUCUCAAAAUUAAAAACCAACCCCCUCUCUCUCCUGCAUGCAGAAAAAGAUAUGCAUCUAAACAAAACCUCCUCUUUUCCCUCUCUCUCUCUCUCUCUCUAAACCUAACCCCUCUUCCUCUCUCUCUCUAUUUCUAAAUCUUCCCUCCCACCUAAACCCCACUCCCGUCUUCCUCUCACCCAUGGCUAAAUCCUCGUUCUCUCUCUUGAUUAUACUCUCGCUCUUCUUUCUCUUUCUAAACCCUGUCAAAGCAGAUUCAGUCCAUGAAUUGCUGCAGAGCAAGGGUUUGCCUGCUGGUCUUUUGCCCAAAGACGUGAAAUCGUACUCUCUUGAAGACGAUGGCCGCCUCGAAGUUCAUCUUGAUCAACCCUGUUACGCCAAAUUCGACGGCAUGGUUUAUUAUGAUCGAGUAGUUCGGGGGAACCUCAGCUAUGGCGAGCUUAUUGGAGUUGCAGGUUUCUCUCAAGAAGAGCUCUUUCUGUGGCUUCCUGUUAAGGGUAUCAAGGUUACAGACCCCGAUUCUGGUGUUAUUCUCUUUGAUAUUGGGGUGGUUCAUAAGCAGCUCUCGUUCUCUCUCUUCGAGGACCCUCCGGAUUGUAGGCCAGAGGUCAAGCAAUCGUUGAGGCUCAUAUCAAAUGAUUUGUUGGGUAAGAUUGACAAAAAUCAGGAGGAGUACUUCUAGUAUCAAGGCGGGGUGAUUUGGGUCGUUAACACUUCAAAACUAGGAGCACAAUAAUCAAGACUUUUAUGCUAAUCUUAGUUACCUCCUAAUCACUAGAGUUUCUAGGUGAAUCUUACUGGUGUAUGAAAUAGGGAUUAGGGCUUCACUGUAAAUGGGAUGGCAUUAAUGAGGUUUCUUUUAUGUUU